AUGUCUGCGAGGAAGCAGAAGGCCCCUGACUCGGUGGAGCAGGCGUGCGUGCUGUGUCGCCGGGCAGAGGCUGACCCAGUGCUCUGUGGGCACAUAAAGGAGAAGGAAGGGAUCUCUGCCCACGUGUUUUGCUUGGAUUGCUUUGUCUGUGGCAAUAGCGGGGCCACCAUCACUUGCUGGGAGACAGGCUGCGACUGCAGCUUCCAUCUCCCCUGUGCCAUGGAGGGUGGAUGCAUCACCCAGUACUUUGGGCUCUACAGGUCCUUCUGCUUGCUGCAUUGCCCAGAGCAGGCAGUGGAGGCAGCUCCAGAGGAGAACACCAGCUGCCUCAUCUGUCUGGACCUUGUGGGGGACACAAAGUCCUACAGCACCAUGGUGUGCUCAGCGUGCAAACACGCCUGGUUCCACAGGGGCUGCAUCCAGAAUCACGCUAUCCACGCUGGCUUCUGCUUCUUCUGCCCACAUUGUCAAAAUGAGUAUGAAUUUCGCAAGAAAAUAUUCACCAUGGGGAUACAAAUUCCCAAGAGACUGCCAUCAUGGGAGAACGACAGUGUCAUUGAACCAUUAUAUGAGAGGUACAGCCACUGUGACACCAGUGAGUGCCUUUGUCCCAGAGGCAGGCAGCAGGCACAGAGAGAGGGGCCCUAGCAACUGCUCUGGUGCUGCUCCUGCGCAGCCCAGGGCACCCACAGACGCUGCUCCAAUGUGGGGAACAGCAUGGCCAGCUGGGAGUGCGACAGCUGUGCUGGCGUGGGCACCGGCAAGAG